AUAGCACUCCCUGAAUCACGUCGUAUAGAACGGGAAACAGGGAUACCUUUUGGUAGUUUUGUUAACAUUAUUUGAACACUUAUUAGAAUAAGAGCUUCAAAUAAUAAUAACCUUUGGUCGUGAUUGAGUUAUGCUCAGUUGUUGUGCUUCAGUGAAGAAAUUCGUGUACUAGUGAGCUAAUAUCAAGGUGCUGAAGAGUAGUGCUAAAAAGGUGCCACUGCAGAAUGGGCCUCAAAGAAUGUCAAAUCGAAUUGGAUAAUCCCUGGAAUACGUACUAUGCCGGCCAGACAGUAAAUGGAAAGGUCACGUUCACAUUCGACUCGCCGAAAAAGAUUCGAGGCAUUGUGAUCAAAUUCUCCGGCGAAGCGGAAACCAAAUGGAGCCAAACGGAAACAAAGACCGACCAGGAAGGCAAACAGUAUGAGUCGACAACCAACCUUACCGGUCAGGAGGAGUACUUCCAGAUCCAGUAUUAUCUGCUGGGAGGUAAGAACAGCAAAGAAAUCGAUUUGGACGUCGGAACCCACAGCUAUCCGUUCACCUGCGCUAUGCCUCCAACUCUUCCUUCUUCGUUCGAAGGCGAAUGGGGCUUCGUCCGGUACACGAUCAAGGUCACUCUGGAUCGACCGUGGAAGUUUGACCAGGAUAUCAAGAUGGCCUUUACCGUCAUCUCACCGGUAGAUCUUAAUUCGAAUCCCCGUGUCAAGGACCCCUUUAAACUGGAACUGGAGAAAACAUUCUGUUGUUUCUGUUGCGCUUCCGGUCCUUUGAGCGUGAUCGUGCAUAUUCCGGUGACCGGAUUCGUCUCCGGACAAACGAUUCCAUUGACGAUCGAAUGUGACAAUGCCAGUAAUGUUGGAGUCGAAUCGGUCAAGUUGAUUCUACGCAAACUGCUGGCCUUCCAUGUGCUUACUCCACGUCGCGAAACGAAGAAGAAGAAGGAAGUUAUCUCGGAGAUUUCUGUUGGUCCGGUUGAAGGCGGAAGCAGCCGAACGUGGAAUCAAAACAUUCAGAUACCGCCCCUACCGCCAUCGAAUCUGGUCAACUGCGGUAUCAUCGACAUAGACUACGAUAUCAAGGUGGAAACGGUCGUUUCCGGCCCGCACGCCAAUCUGGAUGGAAACAUCCCGGUCGUAUUGGGAACAGUACCGCUGAGUUCCUUCCAGCCACCGCCACCGUACACGGAUAAUCCUCCGGAGGUGGAUCCCUCGAUGUUGCCAACACAACCGGUAAGCCCGGCUAGUCCUCCGAAUGGUGCCGGUGGAGCUCUUGGAUGGAAUAUCGCCGAUGGCGGAGAUAGUUUAUAUCCCAAUAUUCCACCUCCUACCUUCGCGGAAGCCACGUUCAAAGCACCAAACAUCUCUAAUAAAAAUGAUAGCGAGUUUACCCGAUUUGUAGGCCCAGCGGAGUACGCUCCGCGCUAUCCAACGUACGCUUUUUCGCCAUCAGCCCCGCCAGUGGAUCUGUAGACUAUCUACACAAUUUAUGUGUAUUUAAAUGCGAAUUGCAACACAGUUAAAACCUCAACGUUCAAGGGAAUUCUUUAGUUUUUCGUUAAGUUCACGAUCAUCAUGAUACCCUUUGUUUGACACUGCUUUGUCACUUUUAAUCACGAUAAAAAAACGAGCAAGGUAAAGUAGGAGUAUCGAACAAUCACAGACCCAGUGGGGAAACAAUCAAAAAUUUUGUUAAUAUAUUUUGCUAUUAAAAGAUGUAACAGGCGAGAAACGCACAUUAUAACAACCUUCAACAUUUCUAAGCAAAGAAAAAAAAACUAUGAAACACGUCAUAGAUACCGUUAAAGAACAAUAUUACGAAGUAUAUAAAUAUUUUAGCAACUAUCUUCUCGCGAUAUGUGGCCUAGCCAAAGGGCGAAGCAAUCCUUAAUAACCACUUAACAGCUCUACUUUCAUAUGACUACUAACCGACACUAGGUGCAUAUACAUCUUGAACACUAAUCCCACUAUAAGCCUUACCAUUUUUUACCGGUAGUUUAGAAAAGAAAAAAAAACGCUCGAAUACUGCAGGAAUCGCACAUCACAUCUAGACCAACCACGCAAAUGCUUCCUAUCCGUCGCACAAUAUAUUAGGACUAUGAUUUAGCUCGAACCAGCACAACUUCAUUCCUUUUUAAAACAACCACACAAAAAUGCCAAACAAAAUACAAGAAAAGGAACACAAACGAUAUCCAAGGACUGUAACCAAGAGCCGUUCUUUAUAGAGUGCCUAGCGUAAAGGUUUUUAGGAAACGGAAAGGAAUGAAACAGAGGAAAUGCCAAACUAGAAAAAAAAAAACGUCGCGAUCAAGCUUCUUAAAGCAAACAAAAAAUACAAAUUCGGAAAGCCAGUCAAUUUUGUGAGAACAAAAGAAAUCGAAUAUUGCAGAGUGCCGGUUGGAAACAAGUAUAAGCUGGAAUUGAAAUUUAAACAAUUUACUAAUAAUGUAUGUAUGCAGGAGGCAUUACUUAAAACAGUUUGCUUCAAAACACACCACACUACCGUAUGUGAGGUUAGCAUACCGUUGUAUUGUAGGGAAUAUUACUCAGAAAUUUAGUGAACAUAAUUUGUAGGUAGUCGUUGCGUACAACUCUGCUUCCAAUGUUUUCCGUUGAUCGCGCUUCUGUACACUUAGUUUCUUCGGUUCUGAUAUUUAA